CAGCUCCUGAGCGCAGGCAGGGCCUGCUCACAUGGGCGGGCUGAGUGGCCGCCUCCUUCAGAGCCUCUCAGCUUUCCCCAGGACCACGGGGGACCCUCAUCCGCCACUCUGUGAAGCAGAGGAGAGAUGCCUCAGGAACAGUACCCACACCACAGGAGCACCAUGCCCAGCUCAGAGGGGCCACACAUAUACAAAGUGGGGAUUUACGGCUGGAGGAAAAGAUGCCUGUAUUUCUUUGUCCUGCUCCUCAUGAUCUUAAUCCUGGUGAACUUGGCCAUGACUAUCUGGAUUCUCAAAGUCAUGAACUUCACAAUUGAUGGAAUGGGGAACUUAAGAAUCACAGAAAAGGGUCUGAAGCUAGAAGGAGACUCGGAAUUCUUACAACCUCUCUACGCCAAAGAAAUCCAGUCCCGACCAGGUAAUGCCCUCUACUUCAAAUCUGCCAGGAACGUGACAGUGAACAUUCUCAACGACCAGACAAAAGUGCUGACUCGGCUGGUGACAGGUCCGAAGGCUGUGGAAGCCUAUGGCAAAAAGUUUGAAGUAAAAACGGUUUCUGGAAAAUUGCUCUUUUCUGCGGAUGACAAUGAAGUGGUCGUGGGAGCCGAGAGAUUGCGAGUCUUAGGAGCUGAAGGCACAGUCUUUCCCAAAUCCAUAGAAACACCUAACGUCAGAGCAGACCCCUUCAAGGAACUAAGGCUGGAGUCCCCAACCCGAUCUCUAGUGAUGGAAGCACCGAAAGGGGUAGAAAUCAAUGCAGAAGCGGGCAAUAUGGAAGCCACCUGCAGAAGUGAGCUGAGACUGGAGUCCAAGGAUGGGGAGAUUAAGUUAGAUGCUGCGAAAAUCAAACUACCUAGACUGCCUCGUGGAUCCUACACAACCACAGGAACGAGGCAGAAGGUCUUCGAGGUCUGCGUCUGCGCCAAUGGGAGGUUAUUCCUGUCCCAGGCAGGAACUGGUUCCACUUGUCAGAUAAACACAAGUGUCUGCCUUUGAAGGACUAUCCAUAGUGGACAAUUGUCGGCAGCAUAAAGGCCCUUUUUGGCUUGAGACACUGGCUGCCAGCUAUUUUUACUAGAACACAGAAAGCCUAUCAAAGACCUUUUGUGUGUGUGUGUGUAUGUAUGAG